AUGGAGGACCUGAACCUAGCUAUCCAACCUGAUUUCCCCUCAGAGGAGUACAAUGAGGUGCAUCUUCAUUUGAUCAGUGACACUGUAGACAAUGAACAGGCAGCCCACAUCCUGGGCACCCUCUGGGAGAUCAACAACAACAGAGAAAAGGCACAUUGGACUGUGCACAAAGCUGAGGAAACCCACAGAGUGCAAGAAGUGGAAGAACGAGCUGUGGAAGAACAAGUGGAACAACAGUGUCAAACCCUUGAAGAAGAGGAAGUGGCAUGCCUUGAAAAGCACAAGAAAUACAAAGUGAAGUUCAUGCCCAUUCAUAACAUCAAAGCCCCCACUGGGCCAGUUAACAUCCCUGCCCCCUAUGUGUCACACAAACUCCUUAAGGGGGAAUAUUGCAAACUGUAUUUCUUCACCAACACUGGUUUAGCAGAGGCAGAACAAUCCAACCCCUGCAUUGACAAUGAAGCCCUGACACUGCUGAAAACAGACAAUGGCCAGCACCUCUGGGUACCUGCCUCAACAACAAGGGACAAGUUGUUGGUCAUCAAAGAUGAGGACCUCACUUGGGAACAAUUCAGAGAAGUGGCCCUUCACAUGAUUGAUGCAAUG